UUCCCAGGAGAAUUGCUACCACAUGCACACAGUGUGUAUUUUCAUGGUAUUUUCAGCUGUUGAUGCCACCAACCACUGCAUUGCUGAGUCACUGUGUUGCAUAAGCCAUAGCAAGAUAAGCAUGUCUGAGAGGAGCUGCACUGCUGCUGGAGGCCUCCAGAGGGAGAGGAAAUCACGGAGCUGUGAGAAUCUCCUGCAGGGCAAUCAUCACAAGAGCUACCACAGAAGCAAACAUUUAUACGAGGAGGGCCCCCCACAAGACACGUUCUGGAGAGAUGGUCACAACAGAGGCCACUCCCACUUUGAGUGUCCGGUGGAGGUACAGACGAGUAAGCCUCUACCAUUGGACGAGGUACGAUACGUGAUUGAAGAAAUGGAGAGCGAAUUCCUCUCUCGCAGGAAACUCAUCAUCACUGGCCUCCCUCCUAACUGCACCACCAUCACUGAUAUAUGUUUAACUAAAUUCCUUAAGAAGAUCUCAGGCACUGCAGUGGCACUGAAGGCUAAGGACAGCGCUGUACGCGUUGUCUUCCCCUCUGCUUGCAAAGCUAGGGACAGUCUAUCGAUCAUCAACUCGACACUGCUCAGCUCACACAAGCUAACAGCAUCGUACGGACAUCCUGAUUCUCUACUCUUUGCUGGCAAUCUCCCUUACACGUAUACACAAGAAGAUUUGGUGAAACUUUUCGAGAGCUGUGGUGAUAUUCUGCGCUGUUUUAUCGUUCAUAGCCCUGUGUCUGGAUUGAGCAAAGGAUAUGGAUUUGUCGAAUUUGCCAAACGUGAUGAAGCCAUACUUGCCAAGCAACAAAACGCCACUAAAGUUAUCGGACUUCGCAGUUUAAGAGUUGACUUCUCGGACAAUGGCAUGCAAACGUGUGAGGAUCUCCACUCACAGACACUGUUUGUGGACAGACUACCUAAGGGCUUUGUCGAGGAUGGCUCUCUGAAAGAAUGCUUCUCCCAAUACGGACGAGUCAACUUUUGUCAGGUAGCUGUUGCCGUGCACACUGGGGUCAGUAGAGGAUUCGCUUUUGUGGAUAUGAGCUCAUCCCAAGAAGCUGAGCAUGCUCAAUUGGCGUGUAAUGGCGGAACAUUUCGGGGUCAUGAAAUCCGAGUGUCCUUUGGCAUGCCUUGCAGACAUGGAGCUUGUAUACUUCAACACAAAAGUAACAGCAACACUGCAAAGGUGUGUGGUGGUGGACUGCCCCUCCCUGGCUAUGGCUACCCUAGACCAGAGGUUCCCUGUAACCCUCCCUACAGAGCUUAUCAACCAUUCCAUGAGAUUGCUAAUGGCCAGGCAUUCAAUUACAUUGUUCAAAGAUCUCUACUUCGAUCAUCCUCCAUGUCCAAACUAACACACACGGACUCUACUUCUGAAACUGAGUCGUGGGGUAUACCCAAGAGUCACAGUGCUCCCAGCGUACUACCACUGUCCCCUUCAUCACCUCCACACCCUCACACCUCACGCCCCCGCAAUCACGAGAACGAAAGCCCUAAACCAAGAAAGAGAUCCGCUCCGGGUCCCAUCGAAUACAUCAUCGACAGCGUGUAUGAUCAGCCGUAUAUUGGCCAACACCAGCAAGGCAUACCAUUUCUACAUCCUCUGAAAAGAAUGAAAACUAAUAUUCUCUGAAGUAAAUGACUGGCUGGCUGCAUAUAAUUAUGUGUGUACAUGUACUCAACUGUAUAGGUCUAGUUAAGUGUAUCUGUGCAAGUAGCUCUCAUUUUAAACCAUCACUUGUUUCAUUGCAUUACAUACUGUU